AUGACGCCCUGGCUGCUGGCGCUGCUGCUCCUGACCUGGCCCCCUGCAGGGCAGCCCGCACCCCCGACCUGCUACUCCAGGAUGCUAAGCCUGAGCCGGGAAAUUGCUGGUGCCUACCAGAACCUGCAAGCUACAGAGCUCUCGGAGCCGUGUGUGAGAUACCUGCCCAGACUCUACCUGGAUAUACACAAUUACUGUGUGCUGGCCAAGCUGCGGGACUUCGUGGCAUCACCCCACUGUUGGAAAGUGGUCCAGGUAGAUGUUCUGAAGGACAAGGUGCGGAAACUGUAUACGAUCAUGAACUCAUUCUGCCGGCAGGAUCUAGUGUUCCUGUUGGAUGACUGCAAUGCUUUGGAGUACCCAGCCCCAGUGACCACAUCACUGCCUGAUCUCCAGAUGUAA